AUGUUAUCCAAGAACAGACUUGCAUGGGGGCAUCUCUUCAAACAGCUUCUGCUAAGCCGCUUCCGCCGACGUCACAUCCGCUCCAUCAACCGCCAGCUCAGAACGCGCGCCCUCCCGCCUCGCUGGUCUCUCGUCCAAUUAGAAGCGGCGGGAGCCGAGGGCGGGCUCUCGCGGAGAAAGGCUUUCUGCGCAGAAUUGUUUUUAAAGAAGAUUUUCCUGGAUCUGAAAAUGAACAGACAGAAGGCCACGUAUGAUGAGCAGUCUGUAAAUCUUGACCAGUUUGGCACAGAUAUCCUUGCUGAAAUUGAAAAACUGUUCCAGAAGACCUUUUCGUAUACCAAACCAGCCAACAAUGAAUGGCAGUUGCCUGAUCCCAGCCAGGUUUUUACCUCCAAUCACAAAGCAUUCAGUUCUCUUGAGGCGCUCAAGGAUUCCUUGAACGAAGUCAAGAACAAACUUAGUGAUAAGCAACUGGAUGAGUGGCAUCAGCACACCUCCUUCACCAACAAAGCAGGGAAAGUUAUUGCCCACGUCAAGAAGUCAGUCAAUGCCGAGUUGUGCACUCAGGCUUGGUGCAAAUUCCACGAGGUUGUUGGCAGUUUUCCCCUUCUCCCGAGCGACGCGCUACAAAAUGGCGAACUCAACUCAGUUCAUCUGUGUGAGGCCCCUGGCGCCUUUAUAGCCAGCCUCAACCAUUAUCUGAAGUCUCACCGUAUCCCUUGCGAUUGGAACUGGGUCGCCAAUACCUUGAAUCCCUACCAUGAAGCAAACGAUACCCUUAUGAUGAUUAUGGAUGACCGGCUUAUUGCCAAUACUUUGCCCUGGUGGUAUUUUGGUCCAGAGAAUACCGGAGAUGUCACGAGUCUGAAUCACCUCACGGGGUUGCAGCAUUUCAUAAGCAACAUGGCCACCGUUCAUUUGGUCACCUCGGAUGGGAGUUUUGAUUGCCAGGGCAACCCGGGUGAGCAAGAGACGUUAGUUUCUCCGUUGCAUUACUGUGAAACUGUCACUGCUCUAAUGACUUUGGGUCAUGGAGGCUCCUUUGUUCUGAAGAUGUUCACCUUGUUUGAACACAGUUCGGUUAAUUUGCUAUUUCUCCUCAAUUGUUCCUUCGAGGAGGUUCAUGUUUUCAAACCUGCUACGAGUAAAGCAGGGAACUCUGAGGUCUAUGUGGUUUGCCUGCGCUAUUUGGGCCGGGAGGCCAUUCACUUCGUCCUAUCUAAGAUGCUGCAGAACUUUGGGUCAGAACUGGUGGCAAAAGCUCUGUUUCCCCAGCACUUAAUUCCAGAGUCGUUUCUCAAGGUCCAUGAAGAAUGCUGCUUAUUCUUUCACAAGCACCAAACGGAGACGAUUUCAGAAAACCUCCGACUCUUUGACUAUAUGGACGAGGCGGAGCAGGCCAGGUUAAACGCUUUGCGAGACUGCUGUGUCAAAUAUUUCUUGCAGAGGUUCCAAUUAAAACCUAUUUCCCGAAAUAACUGGCUGGUGAAGAAGCCUCACGCUGGCUACAGCAUGAAUUCCAAAUGGUUUGGACAGAGGAACAAGUAUUUCUGCACCUACAACGAGAGGAAACUGCUGGAAUCCCUGUCCUGGGAAGACAAGGUAGUAAAAGGAUGCCUUAACCAGUGGAUUAAUGAACACGUUCUCGGUAAUGUUGGGAAGGGCUGUGUUUUAGAAGGAGCCCCUGGCAACCUCGACUGUCGUUUAUGGUAUACCUUGGAAGGCCAGCAAUUGCCAAGCGUUAAAUUUUCUCCCUUCUGUGACGGUGAGGUGUUGAAGAGCCUCAACGAAGCCAUUGAAAAAUCUUUAGUUGGCCAAACUAUUAACGGUGACCUUACAAGAACGACGUACGCAGAAUGCCAAUUUUGCUGUGUUCUUACAGCAUCAUCGGUGCUGUCUGAAUUAUCAGAACUUAUGGAAUACUGCGAAUAUAUUCCAGAUAAAGAUUGCACAAGCCAAAGAAAAAAAUGCUUGGUUUUAGGCUUCCCACUGUUUUAUGAUGAUGAAAGUAGGUCUGGCUUGGAAGUUAAAAACGUGGAGUCAGCAUCUCUCUUGACUUUUAGCUGUUCUUUACUACACGACGGAGAACCCAAGUAUCAGCUGCAUUUUUUAGAAUGCCUCUUGGGUGCAUUUCCUCAGCUUCAAAAAGGAGAUGCGUUGGUUUUGCCCGUUCUUUCUUGCCUCACGCGCUUUAUGGCUGGCUUGGUCUUCAUCUUGCAGAACUGUUUCCAGCAUGUUUCCUUUGCUUGCUCCACAUCAUCUCAGCCUCUAAGGACCAAUGCUGUCUUGCUCUGUGCUGGAUACCAAGGUCUUCCAGACUCCGUUUUCCAAUACUUGCAGCAGCUAAAUAAACUUAUGAGGACCCUACUCGACUCCAAGUCCCCCCAGCAGGUCUUACAGUUUGUUCCUAUGGAAAAUCUGCUGAAAGGAUUGCUGAUGGAGUUCCUGUGGGACCUCAAUACUGCUAUUGCAAAAAGACAGUUGCAUUUGAUUGUACAAAUUGAACAGCAGAAUAGUUUGGCUAGUUAGGCAUAUAUAUUUU